AUGGUUGAAGACAAUGACACAUUUGCGCCUGGGUUUAUUCUCCUGGGCUUCACGAACCGAGAAGACCUGCAGGUGAUGUGCUUUGUCUUAUUCCUUGCCAUCUAUGCGGUCACCCUAAUAGGAAACCUGGUAGUAUUUACAUUAAUCAGAAUCAAUUCGUGCCUACACACCCCCAUGUACUUCUUCCUAAGCCACUUGUCUCUCCUGGACGUCUGCUACUCCUCUACCAUCAUCCCUCAAGCCCUGUGGAAUUUUUUAGUGGAGAAGAAGGUUGUUUCCUUCGUCAGGUGCGCCACUCAGCUCUUCUCCUUUGCAACCUGUGCCACCACCGAGUGCUACAUGCUGGCUGCCAUGGCUUACGAUCGCUACAUGGCCAUUUGUAACCCCCUGCUCUACUCUGUGGUCAUGUCCCGGAGGCUUUGCGUUGGGAUGUUGGCUGGUGCCUACUUAGCUGGUGUGAUCAGCUCCACCAUACACACGGUUUCCAUAUUUCGUCUCCCGUUCUGCCGAUCCAAGAGGAUCAAUCACUUCUUCUGCGACGGACCACCCCUGCUGGCCCUCUCCUGCUCUGACGCCCAUGCCAACGAGGCGGUGGUUUCUGCCGUGGUGGGGUUCAACAUCCUGAGCACCACAGUGUUCAUCCUGGUCUCCUACCUGUCGGUCCUCUCCACUGUCCUGCAGAUCCGCUCCGCGGCCGGUCGGCACAAAGCCUUCUCCACCUGUGCCUCUCACUUUGUCUCUGUCGUUUUGUACUACGGCAGCGCCGUCUUCAUAUACCUGCACCCGGGCUCCGGGCGCUCCUUGGAGCAUGACAAGGUGGUCUCCACGCUGUACUCCGUCGUAGUCCCCAUGCUGAACCCGCUCAUCUACAGCCUAAGAAACACGGACAUGAAGAAGGCCAUGAGGAAAGCAAAAGGUAGAGUCCUCUCCUCCUUGUCCACCCAUGGCUCCUGGCCACCCUGCCGUGGUGAGAAGGGUUAG